AUGGGGAUGACGGACCGUCCUCGGCAGGACGGGAGGGCUGGGAACCUCUGGUUUGCCAACCCCGGGGGCAGCAACAGCAUGCCCAGCCGGACCCACAGCUCGGUGCAGAGGACGCGCUCGCUGCCGGUUCACACCUCCCCACAGACCAUGCUGAUGUUUCAGCAGCCAGGUAGGAAGCAGCUAUUUGCCUUUUGCUUAUUCAUAGCCUCGAGACGCGAGCAUACGUUACAUUAAAAUAGCUGUGCCGGUGAACCCCGCCGCAAGUGCUUCGCCUGAGCUGUCACAAUACAUUCCUGCACACUUAUAGCAAAGCUUUCUUUUUUUAAACUGUGCCUUGCAGGCGUGAGCAGUGCUGGGCUGGCUGCAAGCCAGACUAUGCAAGCUCAGUCUGUCGCAAUCUGACCAAGAUAUUUUUGACACUAGUCAGAUUACUAGAUUGAUUAAACUGGAGACAUCACUGGAGAGAUUUUGACCCUAUAUAUAACAUCUCAACUGUGCUAGUGCCUUACAUAGCUUCCUUCUGAGAGGCUUUAUAUUACACGGGGAACGCUGUAGCACUUCGAUCACCUUUUUUGUUUGUGCACGGCCUGGAGGACCCAGUGUGGAGGAAGUGGCUUCACACACUGGAGGGAAAUUCUUUUUAUAAUGCGU